UUGAAUGUGGUUUUAAUUUUUAAAAUCUAAAAUAUCGUUCAGUGUGAUCUAAACGUUUUGAAUUCAGACCUAAAUUUUCUUCAGUGUUGUCUUUUUUUUUUACCAGUCUCGGGUAAAGUAGACUGUUAUUCACUUAUUGCUAAGUGUUACUGUUAAUAACACUAACUUGUAUUUGUAACUGUAAUAAUAGUGUUACUAAUAAUAUAGCACUGCCAUUAUUAAUAUUAGGGUUUGACUUCAGUAAAAUUGCCAAGACUGGAGGAGUUAAAACGUUCAAUGCCUGUAACGGAGAGACUAGUAAUGACAGAAAAAACAGAACCAAUCUCUCCUGAAUGGGUUAAACCUGCAGAAGUAUUAAGAUUAAGGAAAAAAUUAAAACGGCAGUCCUUGUCCUCGGUUCUUCAAACUGUUGAUUUGAAUUUAUCUGCGCAGCAAACGUUCGUACGUAGAAUUCCAGUUCCGAAAGUAAAGGCUGUAAACCCAUUUAGACGACAUAGCCCAAAGAAGCGAUCAUUGAGUGAGGUAUCUCAAGACAGUGGAGUAGAAGAUCCUGGAAUAUUCAAUAGUAUUGCAAAAAAAGACAAGAAAGAUGAGGUCAGUGUUUUUGAAGCGAGGGUUGUGCAUCCUAUCUUACCAGCCUUAUUGGAUGAUAAUGCCAAUUUUGGAAGUAGCACAGCAUCAGAAAAACAAGCUACUUCAUUUUCAUUUGACCAAAACUGUUUGAAGUUUCUUUAUAAUGAUAAAGGAAAGAGGCAACUGCCGGUUGACUGGAGUUUGAAAACUAAAGUUCGCUUUAUCUCAACCAAACCAUUUCCUUGGAAGGGCAGUUUAAAAACAUCUGAAGAAGCAAGUGGUACAACAGGAUUUGUUAGGUGUUUGAACACAAACAAAUCCCUGGAAAAGCAGGAAUGCAGUUUAGACACCAGUCCAAGAGCUAAAUUUCAUCAGCACUGCUUGUUGUGGAUGCACCCUUUCUUUCCUUGGCUCCAGCUUUUUCCCCGUAUACAUUCGGAAAGAUGGAGUCAAGGAGCAUUUUGUAUUGACUCCAAUCUUCAGGAACAGCUACACGAGGAUUGGUGCAAUAGUUUCAAGUCACUUUUUCAACUUACAAAAGCUCGACAGUGCCCAUAUUUCUACCUGUGUGCUCCCACAUUCACCGUCUUGUUUCAUUCAGCGGGUGUUGCUGGUAUUCAAGAAUUCCAUGCAGUACUGACACCGACUACAAGAGGUUUACGGCAAGCACUGACAGAUGAAGGUAUAGAAUACACUAUGCCAUUAAAAGAGAAUGACAACAGCAGUGAUACACUUGAUGGAGAGAAUCCCCAGUUAAACUGUACUACCGGAACACCUACAAGUCAAGAAGAAACCGAAGGACUUGUGGAAAAUAAAGAUUCUGAACUUAAAGAUCCAGAAAGUGAUGAAGAACCUGUGACCUGGUUAGAAAGUCUUGGGCUUAGCCAACAAGAUUUUCCUGCUCUGAAUGCUCAUAAAAUAAAACUACAAAAGGAAAAGCAUAAAAAAAUUGACAGACGACCUCAAUCCCUCGUCUGCGUGAGAGGGCCAGAAGUUCAAGCUCUUUUCAACUUUUUGUUAAAUAGUAGGUCCUGUAUUACCAACAGUGGUCCAUUAGCUGGUAUACCUCCAACUCUUCUUGCCCCCGUAGGAUUCUUCGGAGCAACUCUUCGAAGCCUUAAGGUCAGACAGAGCUGGAUCAAACAAGGUACAAGUGACCUUCAGAUGAUUGAAAUUUCUGGUCCUAUUCUACCCAGUGCUUUACAUGGCCUCUGUUCCCUCCUGCAAUCCACUCAGGAAGAAUUCUCAGCACACCUAGCAACUCACGAACUAACGAUACCUUUCAAUGGGGCUUUUUCAAGCUCCUCUAGGUCUGGGUCUUCUGGGCCACCACCGGUGUUUGCUACUGAAAGUUUAAGUGACUGUGGACUACCUUCUGAUUUUCUAGAACUGAUAUGUUCUGAAAACCAUCUCGCUGAUGUGGUUGGUGUGAAUGUUGUGAAGUUUGGAAAGGGGCUUUAUACGUGGAAUACCUGAUACUGCUGUCGUUUAUUAAAGCAAGAGGCUGAUGUUGUUGAGGUUCACUGUUAUAAAACACUCUCCAUGCAAUGUACAAAUAUAUAUAUAUACAUAAAUAACUAAAAAUAAACGGUUUCGUUUUAAAGACAAUUUCCAGAUAUUUUGUGAAUGGAAAAAAUAAAAAGACAAUGUAUUUAACAUAAGCUAUGAAACUGUCUUUUAGGUUUGUGUGUUAGUAUCCCUGUCUUCAGGUUUGUGUGUUAGUAUCCCUGUCUUCUAGGUUUGUGUGUUAGUAUAACUAUUCCAGGUUUGUGUGUUAGUAUCCCUGUCUUCAGGUUUGUGUGUUAGUAUCCCUGUCUUCUAGGUUUGUGUGUUAGUAUCCCUGUCUUCAGGUUUGUGUGUUAGUAUCCCUGUCUUCAGGUUUGUGUGUUAGUAUCCCUGUCUUUUAGGUUUGUGUGUUAGUAUAACUAUUCCAGGUUUGUGUGUUAGUAUCCCUGUCUUCUAGGUUUGUGUGUUAGUAUCCCUGUCUUCUCGGUUUGUGUGUUAGUAUCCCUGUCUUCAGGUUUGUGUGUUAGUAUCCCUGUCUUCAGGUUUGUGUGUUAGUAUCCCUGUCUUCAGGUUUGUGUGUUAGUAUCCCUGUCUUCAGGUUUGUGUGUUAGUAUCCCUGUCUUCUCGGUUUGUGUGUUAGUAUCCCUGUCUUCAGGUUUGUGUGUUAGUAUCCCGAAAACACUUUACUAUUUUAUGAUUUUCACUUUCUAACUUCAUUCUUGUAAAGUUUAUCAUAAUAUAAAACGUAAGUAUUUUAAAAGAUGUAUCAUUAAAUGUUGCCAAGGGUUAAAAGAUGUAUCAUUAAAUGUUGCCCAGGGUUAAAAGAUGUAUCAUUAAAUCUUGCCAAGGGUUAUUCUCAAUUUUUAUCUGUAGACAGUAGAUUUCCAAAAUCAGUGUUGAUUUAUUCAGCCAUUUUUGUUUUAAUAGUAUAAUAUUUUAGAUAAAGACUUUCUUUUUCUUUGCAGUCUUCCACACCAACUAAAAAUGUAGUUAAAUGUGGUACGGUUUUGGAUUUGCAUCUCUGUAAACUGUAUAAAGCAUGUGUGUGUUUAUUAAUUAAUAACCAGCUCUGAAAAUUAUAAUAAUAAUAAAAAAACGAUUAAAAUUUUCCAUCUUUUUGCAGUUCCUCACAAAAAUCUGAUGUUUUUUUUGAAGUUUGCAUGAGAAGUGGAUUAGAAUGUUUUAUUUGUAUAUUCUGUUACUCUUUCGGAGACUUUUUAAAAUUUAGAAAUAACUGCUCUGAAUCCAAUGUAAGCAUGACUGUAUAUUAUUCACUUGUACAGAAAACUUCACAUGUAUUGUCUGUCGUAUAACUUUUGACUUCAUUCUGUGUGUGUUGAUUGGUAAUGGAAAAUUUUUGUGUCUCUUUCUUUUAACGAACUACUUUUUUAUAAAUUAUAAUUUGUAUAAUUAAUUACAUAAUAAAAGCAUGCAAGUUGGACACAUCCUUUUAGGUGAAAUAUUUUUGUGUUUGUAUGAAUAAAAGAACUGACUGCUGUAAGCAAAAGUUCAAUGUUAAAUGAUGAUUUUGAGAUUUUUUAAUAACUUGUAAGCUAUUCCUAAUCCAACUCCAAUAUGUGAAAAGGGUUUAGGAACUUUUCAAUAAAUAUUUUUUCUUCUUAAAAUUGAUGUAUGCUAAAUCGUGUAACAUAGAAAUUGUAAAACAACUUUAUGUCAAUAAAUCCAUGUUU